AGAACUCCGUAUUUCACCAUGAAUACAUUGACGUCAUUAACCAAACAAUAUGGCGAACGAAUUUGGGAUGAGAGCCUUUCCAAAUAACGCAAGGACAGGUUGAGUAACAUAAUUUGACAUAAUAACAAAUAAGAAGCAUAUUCACGAUAGCUUCAAGUCUGCAUAAUUAACGAUACGGAGGUUGACCCUCUUUUGGAAAGAGAUUCCAAAGCCAUUAGACGGGACAGGCAACUCGGAAAUGGGUGGCGCAAGUUCAACGGCAAACAUGACUGGCCAGCGCCAGCAGCAGCCAGAGCGACAAGCGUCAAGGAAGAUUUCAACGCAGUCGAAGACGGAUGACUCCAAAAUGAGCGCCGACAACGAGCGGGUGUCGAGAUUGGUGCAAGCCAUGACUGCUCACCCAAGGAAGAGAAGGCAGGGUGCAUGGACUACACAAGCUACUGACGAAGGAUUUGAUGGAUAUAAAGAAAGUGUCUACAUCCUGAAGCAGCUGUACAAGAAGAUGGACCCAGCCGUCAUGAAAACGCUGGGUGAUGCCAAGGGGGAGGUCAAGUUAUCGCUGAAGUACGAUCAACACAGACAGCUGCUCAUGGUCAAAGUCAUCAGUGCGCGGGACCUCAGCGCCAAGGACUUACGGGGAAAGGAAUCAGACCCUUACGUCAAGCUGGAUCUCAUCCCAGACAGCAUCACCAACGGUUCCAAGAAGACCAGUCACGUGAAUCGCUCGCUCAACCCAAGCUACAAUGAGAUCUUCACUUUCUCGCUGGCAGACAAGGACGUUCCAAAUAGUCUACUUCGCAUACAGGUGCUCAGUCAUGACCAGCUGGGCAAAGAUGAUUUCAUGGGGGAGAAGAUCAUUGAGCUGGGCCAGAUGGACUGGAGUGAGAUCACAACUCGAUGGUUUGAACUUGAAGCCGAGACUGACCUUGACAUCAGCGGGGAACUUGAGAUCAGUCUGUCCUACAAGCUGCCAGAAACACUGCAAGUGUUGAUUCACAGAGCAACAGAUCUAGUGUGUAGGGAGAAGAACAGGCCACCACAUCCAUACGUCAAGAUCAUAAUUCCUGGCAUUCCCAAAGUUGAAGAGACCAAGGUCAUCAAGGCCAGCUGUGAACCAGAAUGGGAGGAGAUAUUUGAGUUCAACGUCCCACGGGAAGAACUGAUAGACAGGUAUAUCGUCCUGCAUGUGUUGGACAAGGCUUUCCUCGGCAGUGCUGAGGCCCUGGGCCAGGUCUACAUUGACCUUGCAAACCUGGAUGUUAACGAGGGUUACAAGGGCAAGUUUCCACUGGCAGACUUGAAAAACUCUGACCGUGUGCGCACCAAGUGGGCCCAGACGGCUACUGUGCAGGAGUUUCGGGAGGCCAUGUAUGCCCAUGCUGUCUACAGAUACCCGAAGCUAAUCUUUCAGAACCACCAGGGAAACAAAGUGCUGUCUGUGCACAGUAGGAAAGCUGGCUCAUCUGCAAAGAUUCGGAUUUUAAAUGGAGUGCCGACAUGAAGGAAGAAUCCAGAAAAUGUGGGAAGUUUUUUUCUACUUGCAUUUUGGGUAACUCAGUUUUCAGAUUUAAGAUAUGUGGAAUUUUGGAGUCUUCUAUGAAACCUCAUAUUCUUUGAGGUUUCAGUGAGUAUAGAGGCAGUUUAGUAGUCAAAUAUGAUGUGAAGAGCAAUGUUGGACCAAUUUUACAGAGUACCAUUCAGAGUUGAAUGCAGAGGCUAUUUUUGCAGUGUGUUUUUGGAAAAGGCUUGAUGUCCCUGCAGUCCCUGAUGUCCCUGGGUCAGAUUGUCACCAGACUAGACACGAGACCAGUCGUGAACAGGAUUUGUCGUAAGACCAGUCACAAGUAACCGAGCCACAGUGAAACAGGAGUGUCUUUGUUGCGGUUCAUUUGAAAAGCUUGUGACUUGAAUUCAGACAAGAUCUUGUAGGGGUCUUGAGCAAAAAGGAAGAUGUAUGUUCAUGUAUUUCUCAGAAAGACAAAGAUUGAUUGCAUGGAAAAAAUUCCAAAUUUUGUACCUCACCCAAAAUUCCCCCCACAAAAAAAAUUUGUUCUCAGAUCAGCCCUUGUGGAGUGGCAUGUACAUUGUCAAUUGUGGGAGUGGAGCGUUUUCAGAAUGUAGUACAGCAUUUUGACUGUGCAUAUAUUAUGUAAUUAUAAGGGACAAAAUGGCCUUGCGGAAGAUGAGGUUUUAAUCCUUAGAUUGUAAUCAUAGAGCUUGAAAGUUAGCCCCAGAAGGCGUGCUUCUGGAACCCUUGAACAGAAAAACAAAUGACAUGCAAAAGUUUAGCGUUUGCAAUUAUUUUUCGUUCAUUUGCUGCUUCAAAAUAAAAAAUCACCUCCAGAAAAUACCUUCCCACAAUAUUUGAUUGAAGAACGUAAAGAGGAAAUUGCAACAUGAGCGGUUACUGGGCAGGCAGAAAUCAUUCUGAGACUCCUACAAAUUAUGAAACGCAAGAGGGCAGCUUCAUGUAAAAUCCGCAUAGGCGGACUAUGCGAGGGUUCUGAAAGUGCACUAUGCGAUAGUUUACUUGCAGGCUCUAUUGUACGUGUACAUGUAUUCGGAGCUUUAAGGCAUUGCAGUGAGUGAGUUGUAGUGUUCUUUUAACAGUGAUAUAACCAAGGGUGGAGGAUUUGGCAGGCUGUUUUGAAAUGGAGGUAUCAUAUCCUAGACAGUGGGCAACAACAUGUACAUAGUCCCAUGUAUUGUAGUCUUUCAUGUACAUAUAUAUAUGGUGCAGCUUUGAAAUCAUAUUGCUGUGCUUAGAAAAUAAAUAAAAAACUGUAUAAUUUAUUCUGUCCAUGCUUUUAUUCAACUUGUCUUAAUUGUAGGGUCUAAAUUAAUACUUGUACCAUUCCAUUUUUAUCAGAUGUAUAUGAAAAUCUUCUACAGAACUGCUGUUUGUGCACGAGUUACUUAGAUUCAUAUAUUUUGGAAGAGGCGUGUAAAAAUAAAAUCAACUCGAUCUCAUACUGUAA